CAUCGCUACCAUCAUGCUAGCUGAAGGAGUCCUGUCUAACUAGCUUUGCUAACUCAUGCCAUGACAGCUUGGGUUAUUUAUUCUGAUUGUGUUAUCUUUUUUUUCAUGAACACUGGGAUCUAGAAUGGAAACAACUUGUGCGUGAAGUUCGUUGUCUUGUUUGCCAAGAGGAGCCGAUAGGACAGUUAACCUCAGUUAACUAGCCAGUAAGCUAGCGCGGCUAACUGUAACAUACUCACACUGCCUGCCAUCACGUCCAGCACAACAGACACCAAGCCAAGCCCGCAAGUCGGCGUUUCGACGUUUCUACCAUUAUCAUGGAGAAGGCGGAUUUCUUGAAAGGACUUCCUGUCUAUAAUAAGACCAACUUCAGCAGGUUUCAUGCAGACUCUGUUUGUAAAGCAUCUAAUCGGAGGCCCUCUGUGUACCUUCCAACACGUGAAUACCCCUCUGAACAGAUUAUUGUAACAGAGAAGACCAACAUCCUACUGCGUUACCUCCAUCAGCAGUGGGACAAAAAGAAUGCAGCAAAAAAAAGGGAACAGGAACAAGGUGAGGGCGACAGCCCAGCACCCCCAAGGAAGAUCGCCAGGACAGAUAGCCAAGAGAUGAAUGAGGACUCAUAAGUGUGUGUGUGUGUGUGUGUGUGUGUGUGUGUGUGUGUGUGUGUGUGUGUGUGUGUGUGUGUGUGUGUGUGUGUGUGUGUGUGUGCGCGCGUGCGCGUGUGUGUGUGUGAGAGAGUGUGUGUGUGUGUGAGAGAGAGAGAGAGAAUGUGUGUGUGUUUGCGUAUACAGGGUAUAGCCAACAGAAACUACCAAAAACAAAAGAUAAUCCCCACCCGAAUAGAGACUUCUGACCAUUCUGUACUGUGGCAGGAUGCCUUUCCUGUCAUGAAAUUAAGUGUCACUCAUAAGAAAUUAGGGAAAUUCCUAUCAACAAAGCAGUCAUUAAUGGUGAAAAGAUUGAGUGCAUGAAAACAUCUCAAAGUCAGCGUUAGUCACUGACAUUGACAGAACCAUCACCAGGGAGGGAACUUUAUACUGGUGUCUUUUAAUUAAUAUUGGCUAUUCCCUGGGUGGGUUAGUGUACGUGUAUAUGUUUGUAUGCAUGCUGAGCUGUGAGUGUGUGUGUUUAUUGUGUGCUGUACUGUGCAUGUGUAUGAGGUGAGUGAAUAGUUGUCAGAGUAGAUUUAAGAUCAGAGAUGGACUUGACAGAUAAAGUCAGACACUACCCUUAUAAUCAGUCUCAUAACUGGUACAUGACUUGUGUAGCCUUCUGUCUCCUGGAGAGUCUGUCCUGAUUUGUGCAGAGAUAACAUUUUGUUACUGUUUUAAUUUUAUUAUAACUAUUAUUGUUUAUGUAUGGCAAUGAGCUUCCUGCCAGCCACAGUGCCCGCCCUCUCAGUUUCACUGCCCACUCUGCAACCACAUGGGGGCAUUGCAACAUUUCUCCACUGUUUGAAUCAACAGAACCAACAAUGCACUGUGAAGAACAGCACAAAGUAGAAGCAACUCUUCCCCUUAGAUGUGUGUGUGUGUGGUGAAUAUGCAUAUCUUCAUUCUAUUCUGGGACUUGUGCUUGUAGGAUUAAUGUUGUGUUGGUGUCUCUGAGAUAUAUUUUUACAUCUAGCACCACCAUCUGGCCAAUCGAAGCUAGUAAGAAAGGGUUUGGCCUUGAGUUUUAGCUUCUCUGUCAUCAAAGGAUGUAAAAGAAAAAGAAGGAAAAAGUUACAUCCAACUAUGAAAAUGUUAAUCAUAUUGUUGGAUUUUCAGUUGCACAACUUGGAAACAGCACAGAUAAUGAAGCAAAAUAUGUAUAGUAAUGUAUGGAAAAGGGAAAAAGAAUACCUUGUGUGUAAAUAAUUACCAAUACAAGAAUUAGUUUAUCCAAUGGAAUAUCUUUGUGUCUGCCUUUUUGUAAAAUAUUACAUGCCUGUGGAUACAAUAGAAAAUCACCCUUGUGAAGGAAAAGACAAGAGCCCCGUGUCCAGUGGAUGUUAUCUUGCCUUGCAUGUUAAUGUUUUCACGGCUGGGUUUUAUAUUCCUGGACCAGUAGUAAAACUUAAGGGGUGCUGGGGUUGUGGUGUUAUCUGGUAUGACUGUGGAAGGUAUUAGCCUAGAGGCCUUACAACCUGUCGUCAUGGUUCGGACCCUUUUGCUCCCCCAGCUCAGGGCCCGGGAUAGCUGUACUGUUCGCCCUGUCUUUGUGACAGCCCCGCAUGGUUUUUGUCUGAGAGCUGGCUUAGAUGAACACACGGGGGUUUAAAGUGGUGUUAUAUUUUCAGCCAUAGAAUGCACAAUAAGCAUGCACAGCAAAGUGCAGUCGCCAUCCUGCCUUGUUCCAGAGAUUCAGUUUGUAUUGGUGUCAUAUACUGUACAACACUGAAUAAAGCUUUUUAUUAAAUGUUCUUACCACUGCCCAUCAGAGUCAAUUCAAAGCCUCCUGUCCUUCCUGUCCUUUUACCGGUGGAUGCUGCAGCGUGGGUUGACAGUGUGGUCAGUCAUCUUCCUAACUACAGUGUAAAUACCCUGUCUGUUUUCGAAGCGUAAAACCGUGUUAUGCUUCUGCUCAGAUAGACUGUUGUACUACACCCUAAGCCUUGCCCCAUCUCAUGUGUGUUAGAUAAGACAUGUUCUUUUUAGCUUUGCUGAAAUAAAACUGGACUGAAACUGG